AUGGUAGUCUACGACGACGUCUCCAACUUUUGUAAUUUGUCGCCCACGUCGACCGUCUCGACGUCUUCUUCUUCCUCUUCUUCUUCUUCUUCUUCUGGAAUGGUUUCUCCGGUUAGUCUCGAAAAUUGAAAACUUGAAACAACUGCCGAACUUUUAGGUGUACGAAAACGUGGAGGAGCUGACGGGACUGUGCUCGCGGAGCUGGAAGAUGAUCGGAAAGAGGAGCUCGAAACCGUCGAUGAGCGACUUUUUGGCCCAAAUUCCGCCGCCGCCGCCCGUUUUCGAAGAGGACCACCGAUUCGGGCCGGGAUUCAUGAAAAGGUCGGUCGGUUUUAGAGAUUUAUAUGGGAAAAAGUACGUCGGACGGGGUGUAAUUGAAAUCAAACAUCCGCCACCACUUUUAGACCCUUCACACAUCAUCGGAACAGAUCAGAAGCGCUUGGCAUCCUGCCAACAUCCUGUUCUCCCAACGAAUUGUAACAAAAGAGAAUGAUCGAAUUAAGAGAAGAAUUUAUUUGAAUAACACGGUCUCCAGAGCAGAGAAUGGGCGCGCAAGUGCGCCCCGCCCAAUAGAGCGGUACAUUGGCGCGAAAUUCAAAUUUUAACAGCAAAUUUUGUGUUUUUUGCCAGAUUAGCCACGAAAAACCGAUAAUUUCUCAUUUGUCUUUCGAUAGACCGAUUGUAUAGGCCAUUGCGAAUUUUUUAAGCGAAAGAGCGUCAAAUUUGGUCACGUCGCAAAUCACAUUUAUCCGUUUGAAGGUUUUUGGCUAAAACUGCGUGAAUUUUAGUUGCUUUUCAGUAGUUUUUGCGGUUCGAGCGCUCAAAAUUCUUGUAUUUACGUGAUUUAUCAUUCUCAAAACCAAUUCUGUCUGAAAACGGUCAAGAAAGCGCAAAAUGAGAAGGCGGCGAUCGGCGGCGAAGGCGAAAAAGCAAAGUCGGCGAAAAAUGCGCCAAAACGUCAUUAAUUCUGAGAAUUAGUGUGUUUUCAUGUCGAACAAUCAUUUUUCAUCGCCGUUGACCACAAAAAUCAGAGAAAACGUGCUCAAUUCAUGAAAACGCCAUUUGGCCGCCGAGGCCACGCUCAUAUUGUCAGCUCUGGAGACCGUGUAUUAAUAAAGCUUUAUGGAGACGAAAAAUUGUCGGGAAAAUGCAUUAACGGACAUUCUCAACAGUCUCAUUUUGAAAAUCAUGGUUAUUGAUUAGUAAGACAACAAAAACGAAGACACAAUUUGUCAAGUCGUCUAGUAUUGAGCCUAAAGGGAUAAUUUCAGAUGCGCGGAACCGUCGCCGACCUCCUCCUCCUCCUCCUCGUCGACGUCUUCCUCUUCUGCCUCGUCGCGCCGUCCGAUCAUGCCGGCGGCGGUCCUUGCGCCCGUCUCCGCCUCCUUCUCUCCGUCUCCGCUCCCUCUCCCUCCUUCUGCUUCUUCUUCUGCUUCUUCUUCUUCCGUUCAUCGCUGCUUCGACAUGCGUCCGUUGUCGUUGCCGCACAAAGAAAUGCAGCGGAUCGAGCGGGAACAGUCGCACAGGUCGGUCCUUCCACUCAUCCACAACCGCUUCGAUAUUAUUCCCCACUAUUAUGCUCUUACUCCCGCAUGUCCCAAAAGGUAAUACUGCACUUUUUCACUGUUUCAAACGGUUUUCAACUAACUGCUAUAAAAGAAAAACAAAAUUCGGAAAUCCUAGAUGCUGAUGUUUGUUUUUAAAGUUUUCGAGGUUCCGGAUCCAACCAGGGACCACCGAUCCGCACCUAAUAUUCUUUUUUGGGGAAUCACUCUGAAUUUGUCAUAGACACUUUCCCGUUCAAACUUUUUCAGAAACAACUUUCAGUUUUACAAAUUCUACAAAAACCCGCCCAACUUUUCUCUGUUCUCCUCCUGCAAAUGCUUCCGUUUUGUAAACAAGAGGGACAGUUUUCGGCCCAAAAAAGUGGAUUCGUUUCCACUUUUUACGGCCAAAGAAUGUCCCCAUUUGGAGAUCACUUAAACAAGAAAGCAGAAGAAGAAGAGGAAGGCGAAAAGACCGACAUCGGGGCCUAUUUUGACGUCAUUUGUAUGCCGGUGAUUGCAUAAUAAUAAUGGAUACUUGACCGAAAAACCCACUUGCCAAUUUAUCAGUUCAUUGAUCAAUUUGGGCGAGGAUUGUGUAGCCUAGAACAUUAAAGUCUUGUAACUCAAAAACGAACAGUUUUUGAUCAAAGCGUUCAAUUACAAAGUUGUUCAGCACAAAUUUUAAAACAUUUUUGUAGUUGACGACUUUUUGAAAUAAUUGUUGGUUCUCGAGAUGUAAAGCUUAGGAGAUUGGGAACUCUUUUUCAGAGGCAUUUUCACUCAAAAUGAUAUAUCUCGGCUGAGAAUAAAGUUAUGAAAAAGUUGUCAACUAGUGAAUUACUCGCCAAAAUCUUGUGCCCAUUUUUUCAGUUGACCACUUUUCGGCAUCUCCACCACCAGCUAAGAUAUAUUGUUUCGAAUGAAGUCUGAUCGAUGUGAUCUUUCCGAUCACUUCCUCCUCAUUAUUUCUCGUCGAUCUUUCCAUCUCCUAAUUAUAAACAGCUUAUUAAGUAGUCCUCAUCCUCCUCAUCAUCUUCAUGCGAGGCAAAAGUGUUUUGAGAAUAGAAUAAAGAAACCAUCGGAAUCUUCGAAGGAAGAUUCCGAAGCGAGAUUUACGUAACGAGAAGCGAUCAGAGAUCAAGGAAACAGGUGAACAAAAGGAGAUCGGAGGCCGAAAGUGGCCAAAAUUAUUGGGGAUCUCUAAUUUAUUUGGAGAAUUCGUAGCAAAAAAUCGAUAAGCAUCAAAAGUUCAUUGACCGUGUUUGGAGACCUAUAUCUUGAGAACCAGUGAUUAUUUCAAAAAGUGACAAGCAACAAAAAUGCAGGAAAUUUCAUGCUGAACAACUUUGUAAUUGACAACUUUAUCCCAAAAUGUCUCACUUUUAAGUUAUCAGCGAUUAAUUGCAGAGUGCUCAUCAUAACCCUGCUGAUCAUCACCAUCUUCAUCGUGCUCAUCGCCCUCUCCAUCUACAUUUUCUUCGACGAAAUCGAGAAUCACAUCAACAACAUUGCCGACAGUUUUUGA